GCGCGGGCGGCGGGCGCAGCAUGGCGCGGCGGCACUGAGGGAGCAGCGGCCUCCCCGGCCCGGCCUUUGUCUCUCCGGUGUCCCCGCAGCGGAGGAACCCGCGCCCGGGGGGGCGGGGGGGCUGAGCCCGCACCGUCCCCGCUCCCCUCCCGCCGGUGCGGGGAGCAGCGCCGGGGCUCGGGACCGGGCGGCGGCGGUGGUGGUGCCCGGAGGAACUUGGCCGAAGUUCGGCGGGGGGUGAGGAGCGGUAGGAAGGGGGGAGGUUCCCGGUACCGGGGCGCCGCGGGAACCGGCCGGUCCCCGCCGCCCGGGCGCGGGAUGCGGCUGCCCCGGCUCCGCCGCACCGCGGCCGCCCCCAACUUUCCCCGCUGACGGCGCCCGGGGCCGCGGGCGAUGGUGAGGGUUGGCCGCCCGCCCGCCGCCGCCCGCCGCCGGCCCCAGGGCUCCGCCGGCCGCCGCCGCCGCCGCCCCGCCGCCCCCUGAAGCGGCCGGAGCCGCGCCCGCCGCCGGCCGGGACGAUGGUACGCUGGGAGGCGGCCGCGCUGCUCGCCGCGCUCGUCGGUGUCUGCGUCUGGACCGACGAGACCGGGAAAGUUAUCUCGGAUCGGUACGCCGUCUACUGGAACGGCAGCAACCCCAGGUUUCACCGGGGGGACUACACGGUGGAGGUGAGCAUCAACGACUACCUGGACAUCUACUGCCCCCACUACGAGGAGCCGCUGCCCGAGCGCAUGGAGCGCUACAUCCUCUACAUGGUCAACUACGAGGGGCACGCGUCCUGCGACCACCGCCAGAAGGGCUUCAAGCGCUGGGAGUGCAACCGGCCCAACUCCCCCAACGGGCCCCUCAAGUUCUCGGAGAAAUUCCAGCUUUUCACCCCCUUCUCGCUGGGCUUCGAGUUCAGACCCGGCCACGAGUACUACUACAUCUCCGCGUCCUCCCCGAACACGGUGGACAAAUCCUGCCUGAAGCUGAAGGUUUAUGUUCGGCCGACAAACGAUUCCCUCUACGAGUCCCCGGAGCCCAUUUUCACCAGCAACAACUCCUGCUGCAGCCUCAGGGUCCCCCCCGCCGUGCUGGUGGUGGUGCCGGUCGUCUGGACGCUGCUGGCCUCGUAGCACCGAGGGCGACGUGCCGGGGAGCGGCUCCCGGGGGGAAGGAGCCAGCCGGGGCCCGGGUCCCGGCCACCCCGAAUCGCCUUCCAGCCCUGGCUACUGCGCUGCCCGGGGAGGUCGCCGGCGCGGAGGCUUGGUGCUGCUGGGGAGAAGCUCGCCCGGAUCCUGCCACCGCGUGAAGUCCUUGUCCCCAUAUGGCCACCCGCGCCGGGAAGGGUGAGGGGCUGCCCCACGGGACGGAUGCUGGCUGCGCACACCGACAUCUCCCGGCACUGCACUGCGGCUCGCUGGGCUCCGGCUCUCCCUCUCGGAUGUCGCUUUUUACAUUUCUAGACCAAAUAUAGAGUUCCUCGUUUGGCUUCUUUUUUUUUUUUUUUUUUUUUUUUUAAAAAAAAAAAAGGGAAAAAAAAUUUUAUUUUUAUUUGUCGGGUUGUUUCAGUCCGGGCUUCCCCGUGGCAGACUGACCUGGCGCGGGGCCGGGCACAGCCCCCUCCCGCCGAGCCCCCGGCCGGGGUGGCCACAGCACCCAGCCAAUGCCGGGACAGAUGGAGAGGACGCCGGGACAGACGGACGGGACACCCGCCAUGGUGCCCACGGCUCCCUUGUCACAGACUCCUUCCCAGCCUGGCUGUGGCUCCGGCAGCAGGACGUCACGGUGCCAGCCCUGCCGUGCUGCCCCUGCCACCCCCCACCACGGGGCUGGGGGGCCGGGACGGACACGAGCCCCCGGUGGGGUGACCCCGUCCCCACUGCUCGUGCCGUGGAUGUCACCGCUGUCCCCAUGGGCGGCUCCGCGAGCGGCAAAGCAAACUGGACGCAGCCGAGGGGAGCAGCGGGGAUGAUGGAGGGCACGGAGAGCAGCGGGGACGAUGGAUGGCUGGCACAGGGAGCACCGGGGACGACUGGUGGCACAGGGAGCACCGCUGGGAGCCGGCAGGCCGGGCUCGCCCAGCAGCUGGAAUGGCUCCGAAGGCGUUUGGCCGGAGCCGGGACCGGAGCCCCCAUCCCGGCAGGGCUGAUCUCUCCGGGGCAGGAGCACGGUGCUGGCCCGCCACGGGCAGGUUUUCCUCUUCCACACACAGCUCUGCAUCGCGUCCCCCCGCCAACACCGCGGGGGUGCGAGACCCCCCCCCCUCCCAAGGGGUUGUCCAGGAGCCGCGUGCGGGACCAUCGCGGCGCUCCCCAUGGUCGCCCCUUCGCCCCCCGGCUGCUGCUGGCGUCCCCGGGGCUGGGCUUGGGGAUUUUCUCCUUUUCCUUCUUUGCAUUAAUAAGAAAAACCCACCCAACCCCCCCGCCCCAGGCCGAGGUUGGCCCUGACCCCAGGGGGUGGCAGGAGCCCAGGGAGGGGUUCCCCCCGCAGCCCCCGGGGCCUGACCCCUCCUCGCCUUAAAUCUGGGGCUGUCCCACCCCAGGGGGGGUCCCGUGCCCGUCCCGCAGAGUCCCCCCCCACACUUGGGGGGGUCGGUGGUCGCGGGGGACGAGGGCAAUGGGCUCAGACCCGGCCAAAGCCCCUCCUGCGGGCGCCUUUCCCAAACCCA